AUGUCCUUGGAUCCGCGGUUUUAUCACCAUAUCGGUCAUGGCUAUGGGCCUGGAUCACAAUCAUCCGCCUCGUCUUCCGAUACCUCCGCCCUAACGAGUAUCACCAGCCCGUCAAUCCGAUCGACGACUGCUUCCGCCGCCGCACUACGAUCGAACGCUUCCAGUCCUUCUCUGCGCGCAAGGGAAGGCGGAGCCAUGCACGGCACCUAUCUGGAUGGCGCCUCAAGCCCAACUCCUGGUGGCAAUGUCCGUGUCGUGGUUCGGGUGAGGAAGUUCCUGCCCAGAGAAAUCGAGCGCAAUGCGGAGUGCUUGAUUAGCAUGGAUCCUCGGACGCAGACGACCAAGCUAAGGGCGCCCAAACUUGAUCCAGAAGAUGAGGGGAAACCGAAGUCACAAGCACGGGGUAAGGUCUUGGAGGAUAAAUCAUUCAUCUUCGAUAACUCGUUCUGGUCUCACGAUAUCGACGACAAUCACUAUGCGCACCAAGAGGACGUGUACAACUGCCUGGGAGAAGAAUUUCUAGAUCACAACUUCGAAGGAUAUCACACCUGCAUAUUCGCCUAUGGUCAGACAGGUUCCGGCAAGAGUUACACUAUGAUGGGCACUCCGGACCAACCGGGCUUAAUUCCACGGACCUGCGAGGAUUUGUUUCAGCGCAUAGAGAGUGUUCAGUCACCCGAUAUCAGCUUCAACGUCCGCGUUUCGUAUUUUGAGGUUUACAACGAACAUGUCCGCGACUUGCUGGUGCCUCGGACCGACCCGCCUCAUUACCUUCGGAUCCGCGAGUCACCCUCCGAAGGCCCUUACGUGAAAGACUUGACCGAGGCAACGGUGAAGAAUUUCACUGAACUUAUGAAAUGCAUGCGCAAAGGUGAUGUUUCCCGCACAGUAGCGAGCACCAAGAUGAAUGAUACCUCGUCCCGCUCCCACGCAGUCUUCACAAUAACCCUAAAACAAAUCCACCAUGACCUCUCAACCGACGAGACGACGGAACGUACAGCACGAAUUCGCCUGGUUGACUUGGCAGGAUCGGAACGAGCUAAAUCUACGGAGGCAACCGGGCAACGACUACGCGAAGGAUCGAACAUUAAUAAAUCGCUCACGACAUUAGGUCGAGUUAUUGCCGCCUUGGCGGAUCCGAAGCAAGGCCGGUCCGGCAAGCGGAAAGGCAAGGAUGUUGUCCCCUAUCGCGACUCGAUCCUCACCUGGUUACUUAAAGACAGCUUGGGAGGCAACUCGAAGACCGCCAUGAUUGCCUGUAUUUCCCCGUCAGACUACGAAGAGACGUUAUCUACUCUCCGCUAUGCAGACCAAGCGAAACGUAUCCGUACUCGUGCUCGGGUCAACCAAGACCAUUUGUCUGCUGCCGAGCGCGACAAACAGAUCGCCGAAAUGGCGGAGACUAUCCGUACGCUGCAGCUCAGUGUCAGUUUGGCGACGGCAAAUCGUCGAGAAAGCGAGAUCCAGAACGAGAAACUGGAGGAAUAUCAGCAGAAGGUGGAGAAAAUGCAGCGAUUAAUGGAGGAGACGAAGAUGGUCAGUGAAUGCAAGAUCAAGCAGCUGCAGACAGAAAAUGAAGCACUUCGCAAUCACCUGAAGUUGGCUCUCGACAGUUUGAGAAAUCCGAUCCCACCUGUGACCGUUGAGAAACGCAGAGGUAGUCUUUCGCCUGUGACGGAAUACAACAAGGAAAACCGUCCCGGAUCGCCAAUUUCUGAUGUGGAACCCGAGCCCGAUUUGAUCUGGGAAGAUGAGGACACGAUCCGAAUUAAGGGUCGUGAACUUGAAGCUCAUGAUAUGCAAGCUGAUAUGGAGGAUCUGCUCAUGGAUAUCAACCUAUUCAAGCGUAAGCUGGCCUCCGAUCAUGAACGAUUCCGAGCAAUCCAGAAACCGGGAAGCCGGAAGCGACGGCGAGCGCUGGGAGAAGUUUGGACGAAUAACUGA